AUGCACAUUCAGUCGUUCCGCACGUGUGUGCGCAGCAAAGCCACAAGCCGACUGCCCCAACAUGUUGCAGUCUGCACAGCCUGCGCAGUUGCCAACCAGCCGGUGCAAGCUCUGCAGCUGACUCGACGGAGCAUCCACCGGGCGCCGGGGCUGCCGUGGACCAUCUACCAUCCACACAUCCAGGAGCCAGAGCACACCCACAAGAUUCCAGGCGAGACCAAAGGCCUCGCCAGGUACAUUCCCAAGAGCUACCGCCACCAGCAGUUCAUAGACUCUGUCAGGUCUGGUGAGUACCUUGGGCCAGACUGGCCAUACAACAUGCUUAGCUCGGUGUUUUGGAAGGAGCGCCGCUACAACGCCACCUACAACCCCAUUCCGCCGGACAUGUCCGUCUUGCCAGGCAUUUUAUUCUUCCCUCGAUUGAAUGUGUGGUGCGUAGAGUGGUGGGAGCAGGACAAGCAACGGUUUCGCUGGUUUAGAGCCAACUAUGGCUUCAUGCGGGCGAAGCAGCACGCUGAGGACUUCCGGAGAAGCUUAAUCGAAGCGGGUCGUGUUGACAACCGUCGCACAGACCGAGAGAUUCGCAUUCAGCAGCUGGCACGUAUUGAGGCAAAGAAGCUCCUCAAGAAAAAGUUUUCGAACAAGGAUGCACGCCGUCUGGGCAAUUCAGGCAGCAAGCAAGGCCCUGCACGUGCUGCACGCCGUGAUUACCAGAAACGAGGCCUGCUGCCCUGA